CAUCCAUGUGGACCUAUUUUACAGACCUUGURCUUUGCUACUAUAUCCUAUCCUUCGCUUAUCAAAAUAAGUUUUGAUUAUUCUUUAUCAACAAGAUGUUCCUCAAGCUGUGUUGUAUUGGCCUGUUAUUUCUCUCGGCCAUUGCUGAGUUUAGCUUUGCCAAGACAAAGGGACGACAGAGGAGAUACAGGAACCAUUACUCUAGCCAAUCCAAACAGAUUCAGUCAGGAGAGAGACUGGACCCGUACGGUAGUUGGAACAACUUUCUUGGUCAUUCAGGCAACCCACGUAACUCAAAAGUAAAGAGAGGAAACAAAAACAAAGCAAAGCAAAAUAAACAGACUUUUACAAAAUCAUCACGUGCACAACCCUGUCCACCGGGACCACCAGGGCCGCCCGGACCACCGGGCCCUGCGGGAGCUAUUGUUACAGAAUCGAGGAUGAUGAUGGAAUUUCGUAAUCUCGUCAGAGAAUCUGCACAGAAGAGAUCAAGACGACUUGCUGAUAAUAUUUCCCUUAUGGCGUCUGGUUUGCCUGAUCUGUUAACCGCCUUUCAUGUGGAGCURAAGCACGAUGUUCAAAUUGCAAAGAAAACACUCCACGAGCUGAGCAGCUACAAGAAUCACGUUAGUAUACUUUUGAAAUAG